ACAACGCACAACUCGUUAUACCCACGGCGAGCCGGAAUCUGUCAGAAAUAAUUCGGAAUCACGGUGAACGCGCGAAAUCGCACCUCCUCCCCCUUUUAUUCGAUUGCCAGCCGUUCCUUCCCGUUCCACCGCUACAUUCUAGCCGAUCGUGCAACGGCCAAUCGCCGUACGCUUUUCCGAUGGCGACGCUAAAGUCCGCGCUGCGCCAUGUCUUACACAAAAGCUUUUUGCAACAGACGCGUGAUUGGUUGAUUUCGCAAUGCAUAUGCUUUAUUGUGCAAUCACGAAAGAUUCGGCUGAAUGCGCCUUUAUCAUAAAUAUGUUUGUAGAUGUUCGAAUAAUAUCAGAAUGACCGACAGCCGAUGUAAUUUGUAUCGUUACUCAACGUUAUAUCUGCUCGUUCGCAAAAGAGCUCCGUUGCUGCGUGUUUUCUUAACGCGGUCGAGUUUCUCCACAUCGUUUUCACGUCGCUAGGUUAGAACGUUUCAUUGUUGCGUCGCGUUCGUUCUAAUUCCGCCUCCGCGCGCGCAACUCCCUGUUUGACGUUUCGACUUCACAACGCCGUCCGAGCGACACGGUUGACAUGCUGUCGCGCAAAAACAAGGAUUUGAGGACGAUCAAGGAAGGAGUGGUCGGUAAAUAUGUGAAGAAGGAAACGCCGCCCGAAAUGCCGAUUAUCAACGUAUGGACAACGGAGCCAAACAAAAGGACGAGAAGACGCAACAACCAUUCUACAAUGCCAGCUUCCAUGUCUAUCCCUCAACAACCUAGUAUGGUGCAAAAAUUUGGAAAUACAAAAACUACGCCUAGUGCUGUCGGUCUGGGUAGUCACGAAGGAAAAUAUACACCAAACAGUUCCGUUCCCGAUUUAGCUCAAAGAUUUGCUAAUCUUUCAAUCAAUACGGGAAUGAACGACGGCAUGAUUUCGAGGACCGCAACACCCAUGUACCAUCCCGAACUGUCACCCGCAAUGUCGCAUACUUAUAUUAAUCAAUACGCUGGGUCCGAGUAUCAUUUGGACAGAGUUCAGACACCACAGAUGCCUUACAUGCCCUUCGACGUCGAUACCGGUUACGAGGACUAUAAUCAUUCUGUGUAUCGCACAAAUGCUGGUUACAGCAGGUGCCAUUCAGAGAGAUCAAGUUCUCGGAGUGACCAGCAGGAAGAGUUGCCUUUACCGCCUGGAUGGUCGGUCGAUUUCACGCUCCGAGGCCGAAAGUAUUACAUUGAUCACAAUACCAAGACCACACAUUGGUCACAUCCGCUCGAGAAAGAGGGUUUGCCUACGGGAUGGGAGAGAAUCGAAUCACCGGAAUACGGCGUCUAUUAUGUCAAUCAUAUCACGCGUCAAGCGCAAUACGAACAUCCAUGUUACCCACAUGAAAUGCAAGCAGUGCGCGUUGUGUCGCCACCACGGCACACUCACUUUCACUCUCACAGCGUCCUGGUGCCAGCCAAUCCCUAUCUCAAUGAGGAGAUACCACAUUGGCUGUACGUGUACAGCAGGGCUUCAAUAGCCCUGGAUCGCAAACUGCGCUGGGAAUUGUUUCGCUUGCCCGAACUGGACUGCUUCAACGCCAUGCUGACUAGACUAUACAAACAGGAAUUGGAGGAGGUCGUGAUGCGUUAUGAAGAGUAUAGAUCUGCAUUGUUGUGCGAAAUAGAACAGAGAUUGAAGGUGUUAAACUCAGAAUCCAGUGGCUCUAAUGCUGGUGCUGUCGCCUUACGAAGAUCUCUCCCCUGAUAGAGAGAUCUCUAUUGAUCAAUCUAUUGUUAUCUUACAUUUUUUUUUUUGACUGACGAAAAAGGUUCCUUGGAAGCUCAUGAUAAAUGGUCAAUACCUCGGUGU